AUGAGCUCGAACCUUCCUCAGUCGGGCACUCAAGGACAAAGCACCGCUACUCCCGCCGCUUCGACCCAGCCCGCAUCCUCUAACCCCCUGGCUGCCACUCAGGCGCCGGCCAAAUCCUACGCCAACGCUACUAAAAAGUCCGCGACGGACUCUACCGCCGCACCCGUCACCGUGGGUGGUUCAGCGCAACAUGGGCAGUCGAGCUCCGUAUCUACUGUGAACGGCAAACCCAUGCAACCCCAAUCUCAGCAGUCGUCCUCUUCGGGAGUGACCAUCGUCAAUGGAGCACCCGCCGCUCCUGCUGCUUCCUCCGAUCACUCUCGCAAACCCUCUGUGACCAUCACUUCCAGCGGUACCUCCGGAUACAUUCCCAACGGCGGCGGCCCGGCUAGUCGGCCCAACAGUCUUCAGUUCGGAUUCCAGCAGAGUUCUCCCAGCAUGGGUGCUCCUGCAGUGCCUGCCCAGGCCCAGGCUGGACUUGGUGCUCCUUCGGUUAACCCGCGUGUGACGUCUCCUCAGACUUCUCCCUCGCCUAUUCCUCAGCCCGCUUCCAGCGGCGGUCGUCCCCCUCCAUCGACUUACCAGGCGCAAGGAAAUGUGCCGAACUUUGGUAGCUUCGGAGAAUCUGGCGAUGCCGCUUCUCUUGCACACGGUUCUCAGCACUUGCGUCGCGAGUCCUCCCAGUCUACUCACAGCGAUAUGAGCAACCACAUGGGCAACGGCCCCGGACGCGGGGGCUACCCUCACCAGGGUGGUCGCGGUCGCGGAUACUCUCAGUCCGGUUACCAGGGACAGCAGAUCCCCUACUCUCCUAACCCCGGUUUCCGCCAGACCAACCAGCCCCGAGGCGGUCCUAACAUGGGUCCUCAGUUCCACGGUCCCAACCAGGGCCGUCCGCUGGCCCCUUACCCGAACUCGCCUCACCAGGCUAACCGCAGCCCUGCCUUGACUCAUGUCAACCCGACAACUCCUCAGAUGAACCCUGUCCCGAUGGCACACCCCCAGAUGGCCCCGCAGGGCUACGCCUACGGCCAACACAUGGGCCCGCAAGCUGUGAGACAUCCCCCAAAUCAUUCUUCCCGGAAUGAUCCCCGACGUGGCACCCGAAGGAACUUAAACGGCAACUGGAGGCGCAGAGAAGAACCGAUAUACUCACCCGAGUAUCCCGUGGAUCUUGCGCCCGAAAGUGGUAAUUUUGAACAAUGGCUGACGAUGGUGAAAACUCGACAGACUUACCCCGGUGGCUAUGAUCCCAACUACGCCGGUUACUACAACCAGGCCGGUACCUACUACAUGACCCCGCCAUCGCCUCAGCCUCGUUCUGCUGGCAUGCCCUACACUCCUCAGUACAUGGGACAGCAAUUCCCCGGUUCGAGCCUCGGCCAGGGACCCGCACCGACUGGCCCUGCUGCCCCCAACCAUACACACAGUGGCAGCAGGCCAUCCAACAGCCCUGCUCCCAAGCCUCACUUCAUUAUUCCAUCCGCCAAGAAGAGCCCGAUCAUCAUCAAGGACCCUAACAGCGGCUCAGUCAAGACCUUUGAGAAGAACCCGGCAUCCCCCGCACGCGCCACUCCUUCGCCUGUGAAAUUCACUCCUCCUCCCACAUCCACUCCCCCGCCCCGCACUGGCAGCGCCACUGAGCACACUCGUACCGAGAGCAAGCCGAGUGCCACCAAGACCGACGAGGAGAAGAAGCAGGAGUUGAAGGACGCCGUGCGUCUCAAGAUUCAGCAAGAUGAGGCCGAACAGAAGCAGCGUCUUGCCGAGGAAGCCUCUCGCAAGGCUGCCGAAGCCGCGCCGACCGAUGCCAAGAAGGACGAUACUGAGUCUGCCCGGGCCGCCAUCGAGAACCUCAGCAUCAAGGACAACGCUGCUCCCGCUGAGGAUACCAAGAAGGAUACUCCCGCCAAUGAAAACAAGGCCGCCGCCCCCGCUGAAGAGCCAAAGAAGGCUCCUGCCCCUGCCCCUGCUCCUGAGGAGGAGGAAAUUGAUUUCGAUGCUAUCGAGCGUGAAAUGAUGGAAUUGGAGGCCAAGGAACGUGAGGCCGAGGAGGCCUACUACAAGGCAAAGGAGGAGAAGAAGGCGGAGGCCGAACGCAAGGAGCGCGAGGAACGUGAGAACUACGAGGCCAACAUGAAGAAGGCCGAAGCCGAGGCAGAGGCCCGCGAGCUUGCCCGCGAGGCCGCUCGCGCCCAAGGAGAGACCGGCCAGGACGACAACAAGGAAUUGUUCGCCGCGCUGAAGAAGGGUGGACUCAGCGCCACAGAGACUUCCACGCCUGGUGACAGCGGUGCUGCCACCCCUGUUUCUGACAUGGGUCCCCCAGCCAAGCCCGCCAGUGCUGCGCCCAAGAAGCCCGCUGGCCUCAAGCUCGAUACCCCGAAGCCGACCGAGCCCCUGCAGCCCACUCCUGGUAUGAAGUCUUUGCAAAAUGCUAAGUUCUUGAAGGACCUCAGCAAAAUUACCUACCCAGACUCCAUCAAGCCUCCUAGCGCUGCUUUGAACGAAGCUGCACCAGAGGGCCGAAAAUUCCACUACGACCGGGACUUUUUGCUGCAGUUCCAGGCCGCCUUCAAGGACAAGAUCUCCGUGGAUUGGGACCUCCGUCUGCGGGACACAGUUGGCGAUGCCACUGACUCUUCCCGUCCCCAGUCAGCCCGUACCCCCAGCAUGGGUAGCCGCGCUGGCUCUCGCGCCGGCGGCGCUAUGGGUCCCUUCCCCAACGUCUCCAUGGGCAAUUUCAACGCCACUGGCCGACCCGGUCAAAUGCCGCCUAUGGGCAGCCGCCAACCAUCCGCCUUCGGGUUCGGACGGGGCGGCCCUGGUGGCAUGGGUCCUAUUGGCAACAUUCGCCAAAACUCUGCUGGCGUUCCUCCUCGUGGUAACUCAAGCAAGGGUCCCCGCACCGACAGCCGCCAGAGCAAGAAGCACGGUGGCCGAGGAGACGAAGCACAAAACAAGGCUAUGCCUCUUACUGCUGGCAUGGAUCUUAGGGCAAUUCAAACUAGUGCAAAUGGUUGGAAGCCUCGUAGCGUUGGUCAAGCCGCUGCUGGGCCCGCCCCUGGUGGUGACAGCGGUUACUUGGCACCGGAUGUCGUGCAGCGCAAGGUCAAGGCUGCUCUCAACAAGAUGACCCCGGAGAAGUUCGACCGUAUCUCUGGUCAGAUUCUCGAGAUUGUCUCCCAGUCCAAGGAUGAGUCCGAUGGCCGUACCCUGCGCCAGGUCAUCCAGCUCACUUUCGAGAAGGCCACUGAUGAGGCUCACUGGGCCCCUAUGUACGCCAAGUUCUGUAAGAGCAUGCUGGAGAGCAUGAGCCCGGAGAUCAAGGACGAGAACAUCCGCGACCGAUCGGGCAACGUCGUUGCUGGUGGAAGCUUGUUCCGCAAGUACUUGCUCAACCGUUGUCAAGAGGAGUUCGAGCGUGGUUGGAAGCUCAACCUGCCUGCGAAGCCCGAGGGCACCACCGAAGAGAUUGCAAUGAUGUCGGAUGAAUAUUACAUCGCUGCCGCCGCUAAGCGUCGUGGUCUUGGUCUCGUCAAGUUCAUUGGUGAAUUGUACAAGCUUGGCAUGCUUACAGAGCGUAUCAUGCACGAGUGUGUCAAGAAGCUUGUGGAUUACGAGGGUGUUCCCGACGAAGCCGAGGUUGAGAGUCUGACCAGUCUGCUGCGCACCAUUGGUGCCAGUCUCGAUGCCUCCGAGAAGGGCCCUGCUAUGAUGGACGCCUACUUCGCUCGUAUCCACCUCAUGAUCGACAUCCCUGGCUUGCCCAGCCGUCUCCGAUUCAUGCUUCUCGAUAUUAUUGAUCUCCGUGCAGCACGGUGGAACUCCAAGGAUGCCGACAAGGGUCCCCAGACCAUCGUUGAGAUUCGCGAGGCUGCUGCCCGUGCCGCUCAAGCCGCCGAGGCUGAGCGCCAGCGCCAGUCCAGCAACCGCGGCGGUGGUGGCCGCAUCCCCAUGGGUCGCGGCGACGCUCGUGGCUUCGGAUACAACCAGCCCCCUCCUCCGGACUACGCCUCUAGCAAGGUUGGCAGCGACGAUCUCCGCCGUCUACGUGCGACUCGCAACACCAACCAGCCCAUGUCCUUUGGCCCCUCCAGCCUUCUAGGAUCCCGCACCAACAGCGGCCGCAAGAACCUCGGUCCCGGUGGUAACCUGCGCCGCCAGCAGCCGUACUGGAACCCCCCUGCCGGCAAGAAAGAAGAUAAAGAUACCUCUUCUAUGAACGCCUUCAGGUACGCUUCUCCCAAGGAAAUCCCGCUCCCCCCGUGGAAUCCCGCCCGCUUCGCGCAGCGGAAACCCUCAAUUCACACCCACAUGCUAAUAAUCAAUGCUCCUAGUGCUCUUGCUGCCCUUGAAGAUCGGGACAACAUGGCGACCUCGCCUCCGUCCAACCCCACAUCCCCGAUGCUCACCAAGUCACAGCCUGCAGCGACGGAGCGUCGUCCCUCAAAAACCCCGUCUGUCAAGGACGGCGAAUCCGCAGCAUAG